AUGCCUCCAAUUCGCUCCGUUGAUCUUCCUUCAAGGUCCAGUGAGAAUACCCCUGAAAAUGCAACUCAAACCAGCCCAGCACCUCGACGUCGACAGGAGCUAGAUCCAUUUACUCGCACUAGGAUUUGCACUCUCAAGACUAUAGCCGGGUGGAGCUAUAAACAAAUUCAAAACCAAUACCCCGACAUUCCAUACAGAACAAUCGUUAGUACAGUUCACAGGGAAGAUAAGCGAGUACAAAAUGCCUCAUCUCCACGCUCUGGCCGGCCGAAAAAGCUUGACGGAGACGACAAAGCAAAGAUUCUAGAAGCUGUUGACAAAAAUCCCCAUAUCAAAUACGAAGAAAUUCUCGCAAUGGUCAAUCAUAAGGUUGCCAAGCAAUCGAUUUGGCGUCUCCUGCGCGCAAAUGGAAAACAGAAGGCGUCAGUCACUCUCCCUCCGCUAAAUCUGCGGAGAAUGAAGUAUUCCGAUACCAUCGAUUGCUAA